CUUUGACUGUUUGGAUUGUCUGCCGCGCACUGAUUAUUUCCACCUGUGUGUAGUUGUCCUCCUUAUCUAUGUGUCUUUCUGUCCCCUCCUCAUCCUGGUUGCUUUGUCCCUAGUUUCCUUGUUGUUGUUGUUGUUGUUAUUUUGUUUUUUGCCUGGACCUGUAUGUGUUUACCUACCUGCACCUUCCUGUAAACUACAAUCUCUGAAAACAUCUGGCUGCCUGCUGGCAUUUUGCAUUUGGGUUCAAUCCUGUGUUUUCUGAGCUGAGGCAACAUAUCACCUGUCAAUCAUACAACAAUCUGAGGACAUACAGUGUCACUUCAGGCUGGCCAAUCAGACACAGUCUGGUCUGUGAAGAGAGGAGAAGAGAUCAAGAUUCUUUUCACUCAAGUCAGCAGUUUGAAGACGAUGACAUCUCCAAAGCUUGUUUUCUGUCUGUGGACUUGUUUGUUCUUUGGGGAAAUAGCUCAGACGACGUAUCUGUCCUCAUCUUUUAAUCAAGACAGAGGUUUUAUAUCAGCCAACGUUGGUGACAACAUAACUCUGCAAUGUUUCUAUGAAAGUGAUAUGGUAGCAAGAUAUUACUGGUAUAAACAACAUCUGGGACAGAAACCAAGACUCGUCUCUACAGUCUAUGUGUCUAACAAAAGAGUCGAUUUUUAUGAUGAAUUCAAGGACAGUCCGCGUUUUUCCCUGGAUACGGAAACUGGUAAAAAUCACUUGAAGAUUUUAGAUUUACACAUUUCAGACUCAGCUGCUUACUACUGCGCAAGUAGCUUUUCAGUAAAAUUUGAAUUUGCAGAGGGCAUUAUUGUCAGUGUAAAGGGUUCAGGUUUGAAGAUCCCAGCUUCGGUCCAUCAGUCAGCAUCUGAGAGCAUCCAGCCAGGUGGCUCUGUGACUCUGAACUGUACAGUACACACUGGGACCUGUGAUAGAGAACACAGUGUUUACUGGUUCAAAACCUCUGAAGAAUCUCAUCCAGGACUCAUUUACACCCAUGGAGGCAGGAAUGAUCAGUGUGAGAGGAAACCCGACACACAAACACACACCUGUGUCUACAACUUGCCAAUGCAGAGCCUGGAUCUUUCUCAUGCUGGGACCUACUACUGUGCUGUUGUCUCAUGUGGACACAUACUGUUUGGAGACGGGACCAAGCUGGACUUUGAAGAUGAUGAAGGCUCUCGUGUCUUGGUGUAUUUCUUGAGUGGAGCUUUGGCAUUUAAUACCAUCCUGGUUGUUUUACUGACUUUCUUUGUGUACUUUAUAAGUAAGAGAAAGAGCUGCCAAUGUCGAGAAUCUAAUGGGAGAGUUUCAGCUUGUUCCACAACAAAUGCAGAGGCUCACAAAAAUGAGGAUAAUCUGCAUUACGCUGCUCUAAGGGUGAACAAGGCCAGCAGAUCAAGAAGACAGAGGGACGACGCACAGGAUCAGUGUGUGUACUCCAGUGUGAAGUAAUAAUAAAGCUGGAUGGACAUGCUUCAUCUUCAUCUCUGUGUAACAGGAGAUGACCCCUACUGGGUCUUUUAAAGUGUACAAAUGUCAUGUAAAGCUUUACCUUGUAAUAAACAAAUUAACUAAAGAA